AUGGCAGAGGAGGAAGACGUUAGCGUCCACAGCCGCCUCAUCGGCGAGUCAGACGUGCUAGCAUCCGUGACGAGUGAGUACCUGGACGAGCAUGCGAACAAGAAGGAAGCACCAGGAGCUACAGUUUGUCAGGGACGCGUGUUCAUGACCACGUUCCGCUUCCAGUUCGUGCCGGACGAGCGCGACUUGGACUGCGUGCGACGUCAUCUGCUGGACAGGACGGACGACGAGAUUGAGAGUUUCUUUCUUAUACCUUUGGGUUGCAUCGCUUCGAUCAAGAAGAAGAACCUGAUUGUGGAGAUUCUCACGAAAGACAUGCGGCAAUUGUUGUUCCGGUUCGAUGCUGUGGAAGUCACCAAGAUUUUCUCCGUAUUGACGACGUACGUGUUUCCAGAUAAAAUCGAGUUUUUAUUCGCUUUUUAUCACAGAUUGUCCGAUAAUAUGCUGGAGGAAGAACCGCUGCUGCCUUGUGCCCUGGAUUGGGACGUCUAUAACGAUCAGACUGAGUGGAAGAGGCAGGGUGUGCUUGAAAGUGAAAAGUGGAGAGUCUCGCACUGCAAUGACGGCUUUGCUGCAAUUGAAACGUACCCGGAACGUCUCGUUGUUCCAGCUGACGUGACAGAUGAGGUGCUUCUAGACGCGAUGAACUUUCGCUCUCUCGGUCGUAUCCCUUGCCUGACAUGGCUAAAUGGGGUCAAUGGGGCGUCUUUGUGUCGAUCAAGCCAACCGAAGGUUGGAAUGUCAAAGGCGACGUCGCCCGCUGAUGAAAGCUUGGUUGCUGCAAUCGCCUCAUCAAGUUUUCUGCAGAACCAAGUACAAAUCAUUGAUUGCAGGCCGAUGUCAAGCGCACUGGCCAAUCGUGCAAAAGGAUAUGGCGUCGAGAGCACUGUCAAUUAUAAGAGUAGCUCUGUGAGCUUUAUGGAGAUCCCCAACAUUCAUUCUAUGAGAGAAAGCAUGAAAAAAUUGCGGGCGCUCUGUUCGUCGCCUUCGUGUGACAAUAUGCGGUGGCUCGGCAGUAUCGAAGACACCAAGUGGCUGGUUUACAUCCGCCAACUACUAAAAACAGGUCUCCAUGUGGCAUCAUUGCUUCGAGCGGGAGAAUCGGUAUUACUGCAUUGUAGCCAUGGCUGGGAUCGAACGAGUCAGGUUGCGUCGCUCGCUCAAAUUUUCGUGGACCCGUACUUUCGAACCUGGAAAGGGUUUCAGGUACUGAUUGAGAAGGAAUGGCUUUCGUUCGGGCAUCCUUUUCAGCUUCGGCAUUCACACGGUGAGAAAGCCGAUACGCAGGAGUCGCCGAUCUUUGUCCAAUUUCUGGAUUGCAUAUCGCAGCUUGUUCGAAUCUAUCCUAGUUAUUUUGAAUUCAAUGAAGGGCUGCUGCUCCUGCUAGCUGAUGCUUUGCAUUCGUGUCGAUUUGGGACGUUCUUGUUUGAUUGCAAGAAACAUCGUCAUGAAGUUGAUUUGGAAAACAGGACCGCAUCUGUGUGGACCUGGGUGAAUGGUUUCCGGUCACAGCUCACAGAGCAGACAUACGUUCCGAAAAAGGUUUUGAGUCCGCCGUUGGCAGGCUUGUUAAAACGGGUCGCACUAUGGGAUGCCAUGUUCAUGCACUGGUCAGGCCAGCCGUUGCUACAAGAGCCCCCGAUCUCUACAAAUUUCUUUGCUGACAAUGCGCAACGCACACCAACUUGGCAGCUGCCGCAGCGCGUAGUCAAUGCCUUAAAUGUCGCGCUUACUCUCAAGUAUCGGGAAGCCCAGUUGAUCCAGGAACUCGAAGAGCGCAUUGUUACUUUAGAGGAGAAAAUACAUGGCCACAGGGGCUCAAGACAUUAG